GUCAGACGUCUCUCCGGCUCUGAAGGUAAAUGACUCUGCAACAGCCCAGGAGAUUCACGACGUGAAUGUUGAGGGAUCAGUAUUGGUGACGCAGCAGCGACCUGUUUACCACUCCAAUGGCUGAAAACAGCAUUCCAAGCUUCAAGGCAGCUGACCUGGUUAUCCAGCUGUCCUCAUCUCCAAAAGAGACCAAACCGGAUGUUUUCUCCUUUGGGACCGUCUUCACUGACCACAUGCUGACCACAGAGUGGAGUGCGUCUGAGGGCUGGCAGGCUCCGCUCAUCAAGCCGCUUGGGAACCUGUCUCUCCACCCGGCCUGUUCGUCGCUACACUACGGCAUCCAGCUGUUUGAAGGGUUGAAGGUGUACCGCGGGGAUGACAAGCGACUGCGCCUCUUCAGACCGAUGCUCCACCUGAACCGCAUGGCCAACUCUGCUAAACGAGCGUGUCUGCCUGCUUUUGAUCAGUCAGAGUUGCUGGAGUGCAUCAGGCGACUGGUGGAGAUUGACCAGGACUGGGUUCCUCACUCGGGCUCAGCCAGUCUGUACAUUAGACCGACAUUUGUUAGCACUGAGCCCUCUCUGGGUGUAAAGAAGCCCACCCGAGCCUUGCUGUAUGUGAUCCUGUGCCAGGCGGGCUCUUACUUCAACAACGAGGCAGAGGCCCUCUCCUUGUGGGCCGAUCCAAAGUACACACGGGCCUGGAAAGGAGGAACGGGAGACUGCAAGAUGGGAGGGAACUACGGCUGUUCUCUGUUUGCCCAGUAUGAAGCAGUGGAUUAUGGGUGUCAGCAGGUGCUGUGGCUGUAUGGAGAGGACCACCAGAUCACUGAAGCAGGAACCAUGAACAUCUUCCUGCACUGGAUCAAUGAGGAUGGGGAGAACGAGCUUGCAACUCCUCCUCUGGAUGGCAUCAUCCUCCCAGGCAUAACCCGACAGAGCAUCCUGGACCUAACCAGGAAAUGGGAUGAGUUUAAGGUGACGGAGCGCCACCUGACCAUGAGCCAGCUGUGCUCUGCUCUGAAGCAGCAGCGGGUCAAAGAGAUGUUUGGCUCUGGCACUGCCUGCAUGAUCUGCCCUAUAGGACACAUCAUUUACCAGGGAGAGAACUUGCACAUCCCCUGUCAGGAUAAAAACUCACCGUUGACUUCACAAUUAGCAAAGGAACUCACAGACAUACAGUAUGGUCGGACACCCAGUGACUGGACUUACCUGGUGUAGCAGGGAUAAAGAAGCCAGGCAUACACACAUGCACAAAGACCAGCGUGCUCACAGAGAGGCAUAUUAUUAUGCAACAACCAAAGACAUAUUGUACAUGUACAGUAAUAAGGAAAUAAUGUACGUGCAACAUUUUUAGUGUAACUGUAAUAUGCUGAGGGGCCAGAGUUGUAGCCCAAGUGACUCUGCGGUGAGUUCGUCGUACAACUUUACCUCCUUUUAAACCCAAAGUAAUGACAAACACACAACCGUCCAAAAUAAUUAACAAAAGUAGGAAAACGUCUCAUGCAAUACUGUACAAUAAUUUACAGUGUCUCAGCCACCAUGACUCAGUCUUAUACCAACAUUCAGGAUUCAGCUGCAGCUUUGAUACAACAUGAAAAGAAAAAAACAUGUCAGAUAUUAGAGUUACAGAGAAUUUCAUAUUACUUGUGUCCGAGUUACGGAGCAGCUGUGAAGGGACUGGAAUCCGUGGGGUUUUCAAAGUUUCUUACUUGGUGCUCUCAGUUUUAUCAAGUAUUUUAGGAGAGAAAUGAUAAUUUUCAGUUUUAAUUGAUAUUGUAUUCUGUACCAUAGACUUUUUGGCUCUGCAGUGAAAUGUUCAUGGACAUUUCUUAAAGUGUUAAAGAUGAUACUGAAAGCAGGUACAUUUCGCUUCAUCUGAAUGUAAAGUGUGUCUAAAUGUAAUGGAAAGCUCAUGUAUAAGACCAGACAUAUUAAGUCAAUAGUUCUGGACAAAACACUAUCCACAAGACUCCAGGAAGUCACUGCCACCAGGCCAGGGAUUAGUCUGGCACAUAAUCCCCUGGAUGUUUUUUGAUCAAUAUAUUAU